AUGCUGCGGUGGUCGCGCCUGCUCAGGGAAAUGGCUCCAGAGUUGCAGCUGGAGUACAUCCCGGUCAUCUUCACCCGGACUAUUCUCGGUCCGCAGGGUGGCUUUGCCGGCGAGGAGCGCCUGAUCAAGCGCGAGGUCGCACAGAAGUAUUUAUCGGACGGGAAUGCAGUAACGCCGAACGCGGAGUUCCGUCAAGGUGUGUGGUGCUACAACCCCGAUUCAGAGCAGUACGAUCGCUUCGUUGAGCGAAGUACAGAGUUUCUGGACUUCGCGGCCCGCAAGCGGCAGUGGCUCGACGUGUACUGGCGUGUGAACACAGGCUACCUGCUCUUCGGACGCCAAAGUUGGGGCCAAGGGUGGCUGCUAAACUGCCCACUGCGCAAGAAGGAUGUCGCACAAAAACUGUGGGAGCAGUACAAGGUGCGUGUUGAUCCGAGACUCAUUGAGUUCAGGGAGAAGGAUCGGCGAACAGGCAUUCAAGACUUAGGCCACAACUGGUGUUGGCUGUACUUGCCAGGCGCCGAAGAACUAGCGAUAGACCGCGAAGUGUACGACAACAAGCGUGUCAAGGUGCGUAUGCACAUUCGUAAGAUGUCCAGCUAUGGUGCGCUUUACUGA